AUAAAAAUGAAUCUAUUUUUUUCUUUUUAUAAAAAUUUUUCUAAAAACUAAAAAAUUUACAAUUAUUUUAAAGUUGUUUCGUUUGCAACUUUAUUUUACACAUAAAAAGAAUACUUCUAAAAAUCUCAAAAUGUUUAUACUCAUGAUUCUUAAACAUAUGAUGCCAAAUUAAAAGAAUAAUUUUAAAGGAAAAUACCUGAAUUGGAUAACUUUUUUUCAAAUGUAAUGAUUUUAUCAGGAAAUGCAAAUAAGGAUUUAGCAAAUGAAAUAUCUAAGAUCCUUGGAAUUUAAUUAGGUGAUUGCACUAUAGGAAGAUUUGCAGAUGGAGAAGUCAAUAUUUCAAUAAAUGAAAGUGUUAGGGGAAAAGAUAUUUAUGUCAUACAACCCACUUGUUCUCCAGUAAAUGAAAAUAUAAUGGAACUUCUUUUAAUAAUAUCAGCUCUUAGAAGAGCUUCAUCUAGAAGAAUAAAUGUUUUAAUGCCUUAUUAUGGCUAUUCGCGUUAAGAUAGAUAAACUGCUCCUAGAGUACCUAUUAGUGCUGCAGACGUAGCUCGUCUUUACGAGAACGUAGGAGUAGAUAGAGUAAUAUGUAUUGAUUUACAUUGUGGAUAAAUAUAAGGUUUUUUCGGUCCUAAAGUACCUGUGGAUAAUUUAGAAGCUAAUUUAGUUGGAUUAAACUAUUUCUUAUAACAAUAGGGCUUGGACUUAUCAAAUAUGGUAAUUGUAAGCCCUGAUGCAGGAGGAGUUACUAGAGCAAAAAGAUUUUAAGAAUUAUUUAACAUAAAAGCAAGGUAAAAUAGUUCUUUAGCAAUGAUUAUAAAAUAAAGAGAUUAACCUGGAAAAAUAGCUUAGAUGAAUUUGGUGGGUUCAGUAGAAGGAAAACAUGCAAUUAUUGUAGAUGAUAUGAUAGACACAGCAGUAAUAUUAUAUUUUAUAGGGAACAUUGUGUGAAGCAGCUAAAACUUUAAAAAGCUUUGGGGCUUUGAGUGUUAGUAGUUUUGCUACUCAUGGUCUUUUUAAUGGUAAAGCUUUUGAUAAUAUUAAAAAAUCUGAAUUAGAUAAUAUUAUUGUUACUAAUACUACUCCUAAAAAAAGCGGAGAAGAAUAAAUUGAAAGAAUUACAAGAUUAUCUGUUGCACCAUUAUUAGCUGAAACUAUAUAUAGGGUUCAAAAAAAAUAAUCAGUAGCUGACUUAUUUAGUAGUACAAAGGAUAAUUAUUAAAAAUAAACAAUAUGAAAAAAUAAACAAUUGCUUUAAUUUUUUUUAUUUAAAUAUUUAUUUGUUUUAUGAUUAAGAUAAAAUAUUAAUCAAUAU